CAUCCUGGGCAACAGAGCCUGACCCUGUCUCAACAAAACAAAACAAAAACAAAAAAAUCUUACAUCAAAAUGUAAGGACAUAUUCAAUAUCGAUGGGAGCUUGACAGAAGGACAGAGGAACCAACAUGAAGGAGAUAUCAAAGCCGAAGCUGAUACAAUUUGAGCAGGAAAAUAUAGUAUUGGAUUAUGACUCAUAGAAUAAAAUAAAUAUUCAUGAGCCCAUACUCUUUAAUUGAAUAAACAGAUUGAGAAGGAAUUAUGGAAAUAGAAAACCAUUUUGCAAACGUCACAGUCAUAGUUGUUGCAGGCAAGGACCAUCAAUAGAUGUUAAAAUUAGUGGGAGAAAGAGUAAUGAGAAGCAUGAUAUCUUUUCAUAAGGUACUUACAAAUUACAAAAAAGAAAAUAGUGAUUUUACAGUGGAGACAUCUGAACUACACCUUUACCAAGUGGUCAAAGUUAAUGUCAUCAGUAGUAAGACAUAUCAGCAUCAUGCACCCACUGAGCAAGACACAUCACUUCUGUGAUUUUCUUACCAAAAAUGCAUAAACCAAGUCUAAUCAUGAGAAAACAUCAGACCAUCCAAAAUGAGAGACAUUUUACAAAAAUAACUGACCAAUAUUAUUCUUAAAGGUCAAGGUCAUAGACGGCAGAGAAAGAUUAAGGAACUAUCACAGCUUGGAGGAGACUAAGGAGACAUAACUAAAUGCAGUGUGAGAUCCUGGACCAGAAAACAAACUUUCAUUAAUGGGAAAAUUGGUGAAAUUCAGAUAAGGUACCAAAGAUAAUACUAAGAGAUGUAAUCUCAGAGAAAGAAUUUCCAAAUACAUGGACAGAGCGGAAAACAUAAAGAAGUACUUGGACCAAGAAAAAGAGGAUGGAAAAUAUCACAAGCAAAUUAAAAUAGAAGAGAAUGCAACAGGUUUCAGUUAUGAGUCACUUUUUCGUGAAUACCUUAAUGAGACAGUUACAGAAGUUUGGAUAGAAGAUCCUUAUAUUAGACAUACUCAUCAGCUGUAUAACUUUCUUCGAUUUUGUGAGAUGCUUAUUAAGAGACCAUGUAAAGUAAAAACUAUUCACCUGCUCACCUCUCUGGAUGAAGGCAGUGAGCAAGUGCAGCAAAGUAGGGGCCUGAAAGAAAUAGAAGAGUCACUCAGGAGUCAUGGAGUGCUGUUGGAAGUACAAUACUCUUCUUCAAUACAUGACCGAGAAAUUAGGUUCAACAAUGGAUGGAUGAUUAAGAUUGGAAGGGGACUUGAUUAUUUUAAGAAACCACAGAGUCGUUUUUCUCUUGGAUAUUGUGAUUUUGAUUUAAGACCAUGUCAUGAAACAACGGUGGACAUUUUUCAUAAGAAGCAUACAAAAAAUAUAUGAUGGGCAGUAGCCUAAUUUAUAUUAUUUCUACUUUAAGUGAAUAUUGGAUUUUUUUUUAACAGAUCACUUUAUAAUGUAUGAAUUUAACAAUAAACUUUUAUAUUUUUACUAA